CUGAAAUCGAUUGUGAGUGGUACUGACUGGUGAGAGCCGCCCCGGACCGGUUAGAGCUGGUCCAGGUCCUGCCAUGCCUGUGCCACUGCUCCCGUUGGUGCUUCGAUCGCUGCUGUCCCGCCUGCUGCUGCCUGUUGCCCGCCUGGCCCGUCAGCACCUCCUGCCCUUGCUGCGCCGGCUGGCCCGCCGACUGAGCUCCCAAGACAUGAGAGAGGCUUUGCUGAGCUGUCUGCUGUUUGUCCUCAGCCAGCAACAGCCGCCGGAUUCUGGAGAGGCCUCCAGAGUGGACCACUCCCAGAGGAAGGAGAGACUGGGCCCCCAGAAGUGAGGCCAUGGGUCCUGGAAACAGCAACGUCCAUCAAAGUACUUUUGGAGCGGGAUAGUCCAGGCAUCCGCACGGAGUCCGGGCAUCUGCUCGCUCGGACCGCAGAAUGCCCAGCGGGCGAAGACAGUCCCGGCUGAGGGCAAGAGGACUCGGUCCUGAACAGCUCAGCUCCCACUCCCCUAGCACCUAGCAGACUACAGAUUGUGUUGGUUGCCCCUCCCGCCUGGCAGCUCCCUCUGCCUUAUCUCUGGUCUCCGGGGUGCACCUGCAAAGGGAGGAUUCAGGUCAGUUAAGAGAUGAUGCUUAACUGAGACUCCAGAUAAUUUAGCUAAGAGUUGGUAUUUAAAUCCAAACUGCCCCGUCUACCUUAAAAUAAUAAGACCUUGCUUCCCUUUAAAG